AUGAGGGUUUUCUUCACACUCCUAUCGAAAAAACUCAAAAACCAACUGGUGGUUCGGCAAUCAACCACUAUGCAUAGUAGUGAUCCCUUUUCAAAAUUUAUAGUGACUAAAGAUACCAAGCCUCUUUCUCUUUGUGACCUUCAAAGAAGCGAUUCAAUUAAUUCAGCAAUGGGCUUACAUGUUGGGAAUACUGUACUAAGUACACUUACUGAUUUACAAAAAAAAGAAGAAAUAAACUGGGAUCCAGUACAAUUUGUUGCUAGCAAACUUCGAGGAGUAAUUUCUCCCAUCCAAGCAUAUGUGACAAUUGGAAAAAAAUUUUGUCCUCAUUCAUUGGUAUACAAUAGUAGAUUUUUUCAACUCCAUUACUUCCCUGAGGACCAUUUCAUGUCUUGUUUCAGGAAAAGUAAACCUGCAAUAACAGUUAAAUCUAAUAAGAAGUUCUAUUUAAAUGGAAAGGUUUUCAACAAAGACCAAAAAUAUUUCAAUGAAUCUAGGAUAUCAAAAGCUGAUGAAGUCGAACUAAGCAAAAUUCAUACAGUGAUGACGCGGCUUACAUCUAAAUACAGAAACAACAUACCCUCUGAAUUUGCAUAUUUGAGACGAGAUUUGAAAUCAAAAGUUAAAACAACGUUUAUCAAGGAGUGGUGUAGACUAAAUGGUGAUAAGGCCAUUUGGGAAUACAGUAAUCGUAAUAAACCUUCAAAUAUCAAUCCUACUAGCAUAAAAGACACACCAAAGAAAAGUUUUUUAGACAACUCUGGUAGAAGCACUGUCGGAACAGCAAAGGACGGCUACUAUUUAUACAUCGUGAGCAUAUUUCCUGAUAAAGAUAUGCUAAGUGAAUUUAAUGACGAAGUCAAUAGGAGCGUUCAAAAGGUUGCCAACUUGGAUUGGGAUAAGUUCUUAAUCCCAAAAAAAGGUGCGAAAGGCAAAACUUGGGUAGAAACGUUCAAUGACAGUAUAAACGUGCAAACAGUUAACAAAAUACUCGAGAUCAGCAAGUUUCCAUUUGAACUAAGAAGAGAACAAUUAAAAGGCUAA